AUGGAGCCAACACCACUAAAAACAAACCCAACUUCUAGAGAUAAGUAAGUUUAACAAAAAGUUUUGGCAACAAAAUCAUUUUUUAUAUGAUGUAAUGUGUGAGUAAGGGAUGACAUAACUAAUAAAAGUAACUUUUUUGUCACUUUAACACCGCACUUUCAGUUCCCUGAACCGUACGAUGGUGGUGUCGAAAAAGAGCGUUCGUCCCGCACUUCCCGAGUUAAAUAAGGAUGUGCCUGUGGAUCCGAAUGACUCCAAAAGGUGAGCAAAGCCGCGUUUUUGAUUUAAUUUUCCGUUUUUAGCCAACCACCAAAACGCACUCGAACUUCGACUGUGACGUUGAACACGGACGACUUGAACGAGGUGAGGAGGGUUGGGUUUGGCUAUGGGUAUUGAGAUAAAAAUUUGGGUAUUGGGCUAAUAAUAUGGGUUUUGGGCUUAUACUAUGAGUAUUAGGCUUAAAAUAAUAUUCAUAUUAUGAGUAUCGGGGUUAUAUAUGGGUAUGAAAAAUACGGGUAUCGGGCUUAAAGUAUGAUUAUUGAGCUUGAAAUCCAAGAAUUUUGGCGAAAAUUAGAUUCAUUGGCUUACAUUGCUUCUUUAGAGGACUUAAUGACUUUUUUGGACCAUAAAAUGAAACUAAGUGGUCGAGUCUUAGUUGAAAAAAGACUUUAUUUUAGUAUGGUUUCAGAAAAGAUUUUAAUUCAGUAUGAUUUACCCUUUAAAAUUUGAUUAUCCUGAUUUUUUUAAUUUAGAAUUUAUUUUUUAAUUAUGUUAUUAUAUAAAUCUUACCCUUCAGGAGUACACGAUGGAAAGAAUCCGCCAAGAAAUGGAAGAAUCGUUAGCUCAAAAGGAGAACUUCAGAGAGCGAGUGAUGGGCAACCCGAUGGAAGAGAUGAUCAAGUUGAAAUUUCAAUUGCAAAUGGCCAACAACCAAGUUUCGUACGCUGACAAGUUCUUUGCGGCUUGUGAAAAGCAUGGCAUAGGUAAGUUGGAUACUAUAAAAGUUUAUAUUUGAUCUUAAAAUACGAUAAAAUAAAGCUUUCGCCAAGGAGGAAAGAAUGUUUAGGCCAUGACACAUAACAAAAUUGACAUUGGUUCAGUCAUAACACAUAAUAAAAUCAAUUUUUGUUUGAAUUUUUACUUUCCAGACAUAGCCAAAGUCCUCCAAAGUGACCCAGACACCAUGUUUGAGCUAAAACUCAAAGGAUCUCUCCUAACUCCAACUUCUUCUGAAGAACACGCUAAAGAAUUGAAGAAUCUAAAGGCAGAAAGAGAUCAUUUGGCUGAUGAAGCCAAAUCUCUCAAAAUGAGCUACACAAACUUGUUCAAAUCAUACGAAAAACUGAGAACCAACUACGAUCUUCUACGUGAGUCAAGAACAGAACUGGCAGAUACAGUAACACAACAAAGGGAAGCUAUGACAAACAUGUACAAGACUUCAAUGGAGUUGAAAGAACAGAUGUUGGAACAGGUUGCUGAGUAAGUUGAAGUCUGGGGAUUGGUAGGGUAGGGUAGGGUAGGGUAGGGUAGGGUAGGGUAGGGUAGAAUAGGGUAGGGUAGGGUAGGGCAGGGUAGAGUGGAUAACUUUACUACAUGUUGUAAAUUACCAUUUCUAGAGCCGAUCGUACUGUAGCCGAAACAAAAGGGAAGUACGACAGUGAUACUGUGACAAUUCGAAUGGAUCUAGUCAAAUUGGAGAAUGAAAAUAAAAGUCUCAAGUCCGAGAUUGAAGGAAAGGUAAGUUAUGCAAUAUAUGUUAUCAAUUUCAAAUAAAAGGAUCGUAUUUUUGUAAACUACAGUAAAAACGAAAAAAUCGACCAAUUGAUUGCUUUUUACUGUAACUAUAAUAAAAAGCUGUUUUAUAGAACAACGAAAUUGCUCAACUCCGAACGAUAGUUCAAGACAUUAUAAAGCAAAUCAACGUCCAAGUGGUUGAGUAA